AUGUCCAAGAACUGUUCUUUUUAUCUCUUUCUGAGAAGUACAUGUAUAUUCAUGUCUUUCCAUUUUAUUGCAGGGCUGCAAGCUCAGAUUGUCUUAGUCAAUGACACAGUCUCGGGGUUUAUCGGGACAGAUGUGGUCCUGCACUGCAGCUUCACCAAUCCACUCCCCAAUGUGAAGAUCACGCAGGUCACGUGGCAGAAAGCCACCAAUGGCUCCAAGCAGAAUGUGGCCAUCUACAACCCUGCCAUGGGAGUCUCCAUCCUCUCUCCCUACAAAGAGCGGGUGACUUUCCGGAAUCCUUCCUUCAAAGAUGGCACCAUUCAGCUCUCUCGGCUAGAGCUGGAGGAUGAAGGAGUUUACAUCUGUGAGUUUGCUACCUUCCCAACUGGCAACCGGGAAAGUCAACUGAACCUCACUGUGCUGGCAAAGCCUACAAAUCGGAUGGAGGGCACCAAGCGGCCACUUAUUGCUAAGUCUGGCAGGACAGAAAAGAUCCUGGUAGCUACCUGCACCUCCUCUAAUGGGAAGCCCCCCAGCACUGUCACUUGGGACACCAAGCUCAAAGGGGAAGCAGAGUUUCAGGAGAUCCGGAAUAGCAAUGGCACCAUCACAGUGAUCAGCCGCCGUUACCGGCUGUUGCCGAGCCGGGAGGCUCACCGGCAGCAGCUCAUGUGUGUGGUCAAUUACCAGCUGGAUCGUUUCACCGACAGCAUGACCCUCAACGUGCAGUAUGAGCCAGAAGUCACUAUUGAGGGCUUCGAUGGCAACUGGUUUCUCAACCGGAAGGAUGUGAAGCUGAUAUGUAAAUCUGAUGCCAACCCCCCAGCUCACACCUAUGAAUGGAAGCUGCCAAACGGGACUCUGCCGGGGAGCGUGGAAAUCCAGAACAACACCAUCUACUUUAAAGGGCCUGUCUCCUACAGCGUGGCUGGCACCUACAUCUGUGAGGCCUCCAAUGCCAUCGGUACACGGUCGGGCUUGGUGGAAGUCAAUGUCACAG